CCUUUGGAGAGUUUUCAAGAGAAGUAUACGAACAAGCCAUGGAGAAAAUGUUCAGAUCCAUUUUUGGAUUCAAACUAUUUGCAAGACUUCGGUCUAAAGGAGAUGUGUACUCUUCGAAGAAGAAGUCCAAACGAAGGAGUGAGAGACCUUCGUCUCCUGAAGACCUCGACCCUCUCACCAUCUUGGGGGAGCACGGACGAAGGGGUGAGAGACCUUCGUCUAGUGGAGGCACCAACCCUUCUACUAACACAAAGGAGUGCAGGCAAAGGGGUGAGAGCCCUUUGUCUUGUACAGACAAGCCCUCUACCACCAGGCAGCAAGAACCAAAGGAUGUGAGCUCACUGUUCUUUGUAGGCAACAACCCUUCUACUAGCACCAAGGUGCGCAGGCAAAGGGGUGAGAGCCCUUUGUCUUGUACAGACAAGCCCUCUACCACCAGGCAGCAAGAACCAAAGGAUGUGAGCUCUCUGUUCUUUGUAGGCAACAACCCUUCUACUAGCACCAAGGUGCGCAGGCAAAGGGGUGAGAGCCCUUUGUCUUGUACAGACAAGCCCUCUACCACCAGGCAGCAAGAACCAAAGGAUGUGAGCUCUCUGUUCUUUGUAGGCAACAACCCUUCUACUAGCACCAAGGAGCCCAGGCAAAGGGGUGAGAGCCCUUUGUCUUCGUCCUCUGAAGACAACCAGCCUUCUCCUCCAAGGAGGCAGCAAGCAUGGGGGGGUGAGAGCGCUUUGUCUUCAUCCUCUAGAGACAACGAGCCUUUUCCCCCAAGGAGGCAGCAAGCAUGGGGGGGUGAUAGCCCUUUGUCUUCAUCCUCUAGAGACAAACAGCCUUCUUCUCCAAGGAGGCAGCAAGAAAAAAGAGUUGAGAGCCCUUCAGCUUCAUCUUCUGAAGAUGACGAGCCUUCCACCACAAGUAGGCAGACAAAAAGGGGGGAGAGCCCUUCAUCUUAUGAAGACGAUGAGCCUUCCACCACAAGCAGGCAGAAAGAACAAAGGAGUGAGAGGCCUUUGUCUUUCGCGUAUAUCAGACGUGCUACCACCUCGAGGCUUGACAGAGGUCUAUUUGUGAGCCUUUUGGCCUCGGUUGGCAAAGACCUUCCACCCUACUUGAUGCAGGACGGAGGAAGGGGUGACAGCCCUUCCUCUUCAUCUCCUGAAGACAACGAGCCUUCUUCCACAAGGAAGCAGGAAGAUGAAAUGGGUGAGAGCCCUUCAUCUUCUGAAGACGAUGAGCCUUCAACCACAAGCAGGCAGCAAGAACAAAGGAGUGAGAGGCCUUUGUCUUCCACAAGCAUCAACCUUGCUACCACCUCGAGGGUUGACAGACGACUAUUUGUGAGCCUUUUGGCCUCGGUUGGCAAAGACCUUCCUCCCAACUUGAUGCAGGACGGAGGAAGGGGUGACAGCCCUUCCUCUUCAUCUUCUGAAGAUGACGAGCCUUCUUCCACAAGGAGACAGCAAGAAGAAAUGGUUGAGAGCCCUUCAUCUUCAUCUCGGGUGCAGAUACAAAUGGGUGAGAGACCUUUGUCUCGUGGAGAUUUCAACCCUUCAACCACUUUGAGACAGGACGGACAAAGGGGUGACAGCCCUGCCUCUACAUCUUCAUCUUCUGAAGACGACGAGCCUUCUGCCACAAGGAGGCAGCAAGAAAGAAGGGCUAAUAGCCCUUUACCUAUCUAUCUGAUAGCGAGAAAGUGGCUAGAGGAUGCAAGGAGGAGGAGAGAGGAGGCAGAAAGACAGGAUAUAGAAAAAUGGGAGAGAAAAUUACGUAUGAGUGAGUACGAGUGUGAAGAGAAAUAUAGACAGCUCGGUCUAGAGACAAGGAAGCGGAUUGAAAGGGAAAAGGAGGAGACCGAAAGACAGGAGAAGGAGAAGAGAGAGAGGAAGGAUAGGGAGAUCAUUGAAAGAGAAAAGCAGCGUUUGGAGGAGAAGUGGUUAAGAAUAAAAAGGGUGAGGCGUGAAGAUAUGGAGAAAAAGAACCAGGAGAAGGAGAGGAAAACCUUUGGUCUGCUUUCAAGAAUAUACAUUUGGUGGGUCAGUACCAAGAAGGAACAAAUUGUCCUUGAAAUCACAUCAAAUGUUUUGGCUGAGCGCAAACUCAUCCGUCAAGGUCCCCUCAGAAAUCCAAGGAAGUUAAGAGAAAGAGAAAGGCUGGUUGACCAAAGGACGAAGCUGGUUGUGUCCUACAUCAAACAACAGUCUAAGUUGCUGAAAGAAGUGGAGAAGCAAAGACAGAAGAUAGACAGCAAGAAAGUAAGGGUGUGGCGGAAGAAGGUAUGCCACAUCCCAGAAAGACCUUUCUACAGGCCAAUGCCGGUCAGGACACGCACCCCCGCACUUGAUACAUAUAUCAUGCUUAGGCGCCAAUACCAUUUGUGGUCCAGAGCUCAAGCACCUAUGGAAAAUACUGAGCACUAAUGUCACCUGACCCAAUCUAAUUGAUCCUAAUCUAGCCUAAUUUAACCAAGGUUAGCCCAACACCUAUCCUAUGCUAGCCUAAUUUAGUUUAGGUUAGGUUCUGGCAGAGACCUUAUUUACCAUAACCUAUUCUUACCUAACCUAACCUUAUCUAAACCUAAGAAGGAGAGAUACUAAGGGAGAAGACAGAUGUGUCUUAGCCUUCUUCUUCCUUGGAACCUUGAUUCCAUGUUACCUGUGUUCAGGAGAGGCACAUUAAGAAUGGUUCAUUCAAAAUCUGAAAAGAGAACAUUUCAAUAAUUGGGGAAAAAAAAUUAUUGACAUGAGCAUUUUCCACUCCUACGGUUAAGGUUUGGAUGAAACUAAGGAUCAAUUAGGGAUACAUCCCAAAAGAACUAGUGUUAAUUCUGUCACCUAUUUUUUAUUUAGUCUUAGUCUUGCCAAAUGUCCUUGUCAGUUUUAGUCAUAUUUAGUCAUUUACAUAUCUUUUUUUGUUAGUCAAGUUUUAGUCCAAUAAAAGUCUCAUCAUUUUCGUCUAGUUUUAGUCAAAAGAGAACUCAAGGUAUCUUAGUCAAGUUUUAGUCAACUAAAAGUCUUGUCGCUUUUAGGUUUAUCGAUGUUUUAAGCUCCCAAUGUCUCCUUCCAGGCAGCGCUGCAAAAGGAAGGCACUAGGAUUAGGUAAUGGUUAUAGUUAUGAUUAUGGUUAGGGUUAGGUGCUUUGAAGUCAACGAUCGCAGCGCUGUCUGGAAGGAGACGUUGGGGGCUUAAAACACCAUCGAGCUCAUUUUAAUCUAG